GCAGUUAGGGGAUUGGUGCUGAUGAGAGCGAGGAGGAGAUGUUUGUGCGUGAUGCCGCGGCUGCGUCUGGUGGUGAUGCUGCCAUUUCGGAAGCUCACACGGAAAUAAUAGCAGCUCCCAUCAUCAGCUGAUAUGCACACUCACCAGCUGGAUUCUGUCUGUCCUCUUUAAAGCCUUGAUGCUGGACGGGUUCAUGUGCUGCAUCUUAGGGGGAUUAUCUCUGUGAAUUGCUGCAUCACAGCCACCGACAGCCUCAGGGGUCAUUUUCAGAAGACACCAUCGUCAACAUGGAGCUUGUUUUUUACAGACCCUGAGCUCUGAAUCAAGAUUACAGUCUUGAGUCAUGGAGACGAUAUGGCUUUACCAGUUCCGUCUGAUCGUCAUCGGAGACUCCACUGUGGGCAAGUCAUGCCUGAUCCGCAGGUUCACGGAGGGUCGCUUCGCCCAGGUGUCAGACCCCACAGUGGGGGUGGACUUCUUCUCUCGCCUGGUGGAGAUUGAGCCUGGAAAAAGGAUCAAACUUCAGAUCUGGGACACUGCAGGACAAGAGAGGUUCAGGUCCAUCACCAGAGCCUACUACCGUAACUCAGUGGGUGGCCUUUUGCUCUUCGACAUCACAAACCGCCGCUCCUUCCAGAACGUCCAUAACUGGCUGGAGGAGGCGCGAAGCCACGUUCAGCCGCACAGCAUCGUCUUCCUGCUGGUUGGCCACAAGUGUGACCUGGAGGCCCAGCGUCAGGUGACCCAGCACGAGGCCGAGAAGCUGGCGGGGGCUUACGGGAUGCGUUACGUGGAGACAUCAGCGCGGGAUGCUAUUAAUGUGGAGAAGGCGUUCGUGGAUCUGACGAGGGAAAUCUUCGAGCUGGUCCGGAACGGUGACAUCCAGAUCCAGGAUGGCUGGGAAGGCGUGAAAAGCGGAUUUGUUCCCAACACGGUCCAUUCCUCUGAGGAGGUCACAAAAGGAAGUCGGCAGUGUUUCUGCUGAUGAAUGCAGCACCUGAGCUGGAAGGUGGUAUAAAUAUAUCGUUUUUGGGACUUACUCACUUUACUCUCACAUGUAUGGCUCUAAAAAAUCAUCCGUUUAAAGCUAAGCUCAGAUUCCUGACAGAUAUAGAAGCACAAGAAGCACCCCAACCUCUCACCAUUUCAUCUGCAUGUUUAUGUGUUUCUGAAGCUUUUGGAAACUGCGGCCACCGUUGGCCUUUUUUCUCUAGUGAUCCCUCCUGGGGCUGGAUUUGUUGUAGCCAGAGACUCAAACUGCUAGACUGGUGUCCAUCUGCUCUUUAUCAACAUGAUUUCAGUUUUGGUCCCAAGAUUGAACCUCACUGCACCAAAACCCGUUACAGAGGAAUUAUAGAAAAUAAUCCUGACUGCUCAAGUGUCCGCCUGUGCUAUGACUAUGACUGGCUCUAAACAUGCAGGACAAGAGAAACAUCCAACCAAGCCAAGCUGAGAGGUUUCCUCUAACCGCUGGAUAAUCUUCUGUAGCCGCUCACUGACUGCCUUUAAGACUUGAUCAUAAGAAGACUGCAAAAAGGAUAAAUUUCCUACGAAUGUUUCUGAUGGAUCUGAUAAGAGUGUAUGCAUUUGCGUAGACCCCCCCACCCUAAAAAAGGGUUUUAAAAAGAGGUAGUUUCAUGCUGUGCAUCUCUUUAAUUUAUAUACUACAGUAUACCCUGCAAACCCUAUGUGCUGUGGCAAUUCUUCUCUGUAUUUAGCCAAAAAGAUAAAGUAAUAUAUUUUUUUCUAGUAGGCUAUAUAUCACACAUCUAAAUUGCAUUACAUUUGAACCAUUCAAAUCACCUUUAUUCCUGUUUAAUCAGCCAUGUUUAAUGUUUCCACCACACACUAUGGCAUCAGUUCAUAAAAGCUUACAAAUUAUGCAGAGUACUUCAUUAGAAAUCAAUCCUAAACUCUUCUCUGGGGUAAAAUAUUAGUGGUGAGUUGUAAAUUCUGAUUACAUAAAACAAGUUAUUCAAUAUGACAGAAAAGAGAUUCAAUAAUAUUUUUUGUGGAGCUGCACAAAAAAGGAAAUGGACUGAAUUAUUAAGGAGUCUUACCCCAAAAGAGCUGCUUUUCAAAGUAAAAGCUUCUAGGAAGCUUUGAGGAUUGUUCCCUGAUUUUACAAAAAAAAAACAAAAACAAAACAUUUAUGCUGAAACUCCCUGUCAGAAAAGCUUUGGAAAAUCUCAUACGCAAUGUUCCCAGAAAGAUAGGCUAUUAAAUGGUGUCCUGGUCCCUCCUUGUGUUGUCAACUAACUAAGUUAAAUGUAAGAAUUUCUUUUAUAUUGGGUUCUGUGGCAGACUAUGCAGAGCUAACCAGCAGCCAGGAGGGAAGGCCAACUCAACACUCGGGGCUGCUUCUUCUUUACUCACUGUAAACAAAUAAAGAAUUAGAAAACCUAUUUAGGGGCCAAGUAACAGAU